AUGCAGCGACAACGCAGUCUCAUCGCAGAAGCACGCGGACAGCGACCAGCCGGACUGGGUCAGAUCGGUCACCGCCCGUCGAGCGCACCCGACCGCGAAGCUGUCGCAGACCACGAGACCGAGUUCAUCGGCGCCAUCGACUGCGGCACCACCUCGUGCCGAUUCUACAUCUUUGACCAGUGGGCCGACGUCGUCGCGCACCACCAAAUCGAGUUUGAGCAGCUCCACCCCGAACCAGGCUGGCACGAACACGACCCCUCGAUCUACUGCGCCGAAAUCGACAAGUGCAUCGAGGCGUGCUUGGAGCAGUUCGAGGGAAAAGGUCACUCGAAGGACCAGUUGAAGGGCGUCGGGAUCGCCACGCAGCGAGAGACGACGUUGCUGUGGGAUAGGCAGACGGGAGAGCCGUUGUAUAAUGCCGUCGCCUGGCCCGACGCCCGCAACGCCUCCAACAUCCGCGACAUCCGAGCGCGCGCCGAAUCGACCAAAUUCGACACGCCUGACGGGGUCAUCGUCGGCGAGGAGGGGAUCAGGAGGUUGACUGGCUUGCCUUUGUCGACGUACUUCUCAGCUACCAAGUGGGAUUGGUUGAAGGAGAAUGUCGAGGAGGUCAAGGAGGCGAGGAAGAGGGGGACUUUGAUGGCCGGGACGGUCGACACCUGGCUCGUCUACCAAUUCACGGGCGGAAAAGACGGCGGAAUCCACAUCACCGACGCCUCGAACGCCUGCCGCACGCUCCUCUUCAACCUCCACAAACAAUCCUGGUGCCAACAGCUCUGCGACUUCUUCGACUUCCCACCCGAGGCCCUCCCCGAAGUCGUCAGCAACUCGGAGGUGUAUGGCGUUUUCAGGAAGGGACAUUUGUUGGAGGGCGUGCCGAUUGCUGGGUUGAUUGGAGAUCAGCAGGCGGCGUUGGUGGGGAAUAAGUGCUUGACCAAGGGGGAUGCGAAGCAGACGUAUGGAACGGGAUGCUUCAUGCUCUACAACACCGGCACCGACAUCGUCAAGUCGACCCACGGACUCGUCACUACCGUCGCGUACAAGAUGGGCAAGGAAGGACCGCUGCAUUAUGCGCUCGAGGGUUCGAUCGCGGUCGGUGGGAGUUCAGUCACUUGGCUGCGCGACAACCUCGGCAUCAUCGACCACCCGCGAGAAGCGGGAGAGUUGGCGGACGAGGUACCCGAUACGGGCGGCGUCUACUUCGUUACGGGCUUCGGAGGAUUGUUUGCGCCGUAUUGGGACAUUCGCGCUACCGGCAUGCUCAUCGGCCUCUCGACCUUCACUACCAAGCACCACAUCGUCCGCGCCACGCUCGAGGCAACAUGCUUCCAAACGCGCGCCAUCCUCGACGCCAUGUCGAAAGACACCGCUCUCGCUACCUCCUCUUCUUCUUCUGCGCCGAACGGAACGUCGGAGGAGAAGAAGAAGGAGGGAGAGGAGAAGGGACCGGCUGGGUUGAAGGUCUUGCAGGUUGAUGGUGGUAUGACGGGCAGUGAUGUGACGAUGCAGUUGCAGGCGGAUAUUUUGGGGAUCGAUGUCAGGCGACCGACGAUGAGGGAAUCCACAGUCCUCGGCGCGGCCCUCCUCGCAGGCGGCGCACUUGGCCUCUUCGGCUGGGACCUCUCGCGCCCCGAGACGUUGCAGAAGGUCAACCGCCUCAAGGUUAGCACGUUCAGCCCGCGCAUAACGGAGGAGGAGAAGGAGUGGAAGUAUGCGGGAUGGGUUAGGGCGGUUGAUAGGGCGAGGGGGUGGAAGACCAACUCCGGCCACGGCUAA